UGUGGGUUGAGACAGUGAGACGGCGUCCUCACAUCAAGCAGAGACAGACAGAAGGACUGAGGAGGGACGGAGAGCAGCUUCUUCUCUCCAAAAGAGUCUGAAGAAGAUGUGAAGAGAGUUGAUGAGAGUCAAACAUCUCACCUGAAUGUCAGCAUGUCAGCUCCUCACCGUGGUCUUUCCAGGGACUUGAUGAACACAGAGUGAAAGUUUAGUGAAAUAAGGUCUUACAUAAGGUCAAAGAUGAGCUCACCUCAAGAAGUCCUCCUGGGAAUCCUGGAGGAUUUGAGACAUGAAGACUUUGAAAAGUUCAAGUGGUAUUUGUGUCAAGAUGGAGUCCUUGGAGAGUUCAAACCAAUCCCAACGAGUAAACUGGAGACAUUGGACAGGAAAGGCACAGUGGAUGUGAUGCACCAGGCCUACAGCAAUCAGAUUCUUGACGUCACAAAAAUGGUUUUAAAAAGAAUGAAAAUGAUGGGAAUAUGGGAGAAACACUCCAAAAACAGCUCAGAACCUGGAGGGAAAGAUGGUCCUCAAAAGGUUUGUUUGUCAGCAACAUCGAAGAGGUGUCAGGAGAAACUCAAGUCCAACCUGAAGAGGAGGUUCCAGUGUGUGUUUGAGGGGGUCGCUGAGGCAGGAAAGCCGACCCUCCUGAACCAGAUCUACACAGAGCUCCACAUCACAGAGGGAGGGACUGCAGAGGUCAAUCAGGAACAUGAGGUCAGACAGAUUGAAGCAGCAUCCAGGACAGCAGACAGAGCAGAAACAAGCAUCAGACCAGGAGACAUCUUUAAAGCCCCACCUGGAAGAUCUGAACCAAUCAGAACAGUGCUGACAAAGGGAGUGGCUGGCAUUGGGAAAACAGUCCUGACUCAGAAGUUCACUCUGGACUGGGCUGAAGACAAAGACAACCAGGACAUCCACUUCAUAUUUCCAUUCACCUUCAGAGAGCUGAAUGUAGUGAAGGAGGAGAAGUUCAGCUUGGUGGGACUUGUUCAUCACUUCUUCAAUGAAGCUAAAAAGGCAGGAAUCUACUGCUUUGAAGAAUUCCAUGUGAUCUUCAUCUUUGAUGGUCUGGAUGAGUGUCGACUCCCUCUGGACUUCCAGCACACUGACUUUCUCACUGAUGCUACAGACUCCACCUCACUGGAUGUUCUGCUGACAAGCCUCAUCAGGGGGAAACUGCUUCCCUCUGCUCGCCUCUGGAUCACCACACGACCUGCAGCAGCCAAUCAGAUCCCUGCUGACUGUGUGGACAUGGUGACAGAGGUCCGAGGGUUCACUGACCCCCAGAAGGAGGAGUACUUCAGGAGGAGGUUCAGAGAGGAGGAGCAGGCCAGCAGGAUCAUCUCCCACAUCAAGACCUCCCGAAGCCUCCACAUCAUGUGCCACAUCCCGGUCUUCUGCUGGAUCACUGCUGAAGUUCUGGAGGAGGAGCUGAAGAGCAGUGAGGGAGGAGAGCUGCCCAAGACCCUGACUGAGGUGUACAUCCGCCACCUGGUCGCCCAGGCUGAAAGAAACAAGGUCAAAUAUGAUGACAAUACUGCCUCACGUGAAACCUGGAGUCCAGAGAGCAGGGAGAUGACAGAGUCUCUGGGAAAACUGGCUUUUGAUCAGCUGCAGAAAGGAAUUCUGAUCUUCUGUGAACGUGACCUGAAAAAGUCUGGCAUUGACCUCGAGGUAGCCUUAAAGUACUCAGGAAUGUUCACAAAGAUCUUUAAAAAAGAGAAGGGCCUCCAGACGUCUGUGUUCUGCUUCAUCCAUCUGAGCCUUCAGGAGUUUCUGGCUGCUCUUCAUGUCCAUCAGACCUUCAUCAAGUCUGGAAUCAACCUGAUGAAAAAGGUACCAGUGUUCAGGUGGCCAAAAGUGUUGAAGAAACCUAAACUCCACCAUCUCCAUCAGAGAGCAGUGGACGAGGCCUUGAAGAGUCCAAAUGGACACCUGGAUUUGUUCCUCCGCUUCCUCCUGGGUCUUUCACUGGAGACCAAUCAGAAUCUCCUUCAAGAUCUGCUGACACAGACAGGAAGUAGCUCACAGACCAAUCAGGAAACAGUCCAGUACAUCAAGGAGAAGCUGAGUGAGAGUCUGUCUGCAGAGAGAAGCAUCAAUCUGUUCCACUGUCUGAAUGAACUGAAUGAUGGUUCUCUAGUGGAGGAGAUCCAACAGUCCCUGAGAUCAGGAAGUCUUGACCCAGAUGAACUGUCUCCUGCUCAGUGGUCAGCUCUGGUCUUCAUCUUACUGUCAUCAGAAGAAGAUCUGAAGGAGUUUGACCUGAAGAAAUACUCUGCUUCAGAGGAGGCUCUUCUGAAGCUGCUGCCAGUGGUCAAAGCCUCCAGCAAAGCUCUGUUGAGCGGCUGUGGUCUGUCAGAGAGAAGCUGUGGAGCUCUGUCCUCAGUUCUCAGCUCUCAGUCCUCCAGUCUGACACAUCUGGACCUGAGUAACAACCAGCUGCAGGAUUCAGGAGUGAAGCGUCUGUCUCUUGGACUGGAGAGUCCUCACUGUAAACUGGAAGCUCUCAGUCUGUCAGGGUGUCUGGUCUCAGAGGAAGGCUGUGCUUCUCUGGUCUCAGCUGUGAGAUCCAAGUCCUCCCAUCUGAGAGAGCUGGACCUGAGCUACAACCAUCCAGGAGACUCAGGAGUGAAGGAGCUGUCAGCGGCAGUGGAGGAUCCACACUGCUCACUGGAGACUCUCAGGGUGGACCAUGUUGGACAGCAGAGGCUCAAACCUGGUGUGAGGAAGUAUUUCUCUCAACUUCAACUGGAUGAAAACUCAAUGAACAGAAACCUCAAACUGUCCAACAACAACAGGAAGGUGACAUAUGUGGAGGAAAAGCAGCCGUAUCCUCAUCAUCCUCACAGAUUUAAUGUCUGUCCUCAGCUGCUGUGUAGAAAUGAUCUGAGUGGUCGAUGUUACUGGGAGGUCGAGUGGAGCAGAAGGGUUUCUAUAUCAGUGAGUUACAGAGGAAUCAGAAGGAAAGGAGACAGUGAGGAGUGUAGGUUUGGAAGGAAUCAUCAGUCCUGGAGUCUGGAGUGCUCUGAUGGACGUUACUAUGUCUGGCACAAUAAGAGAGGAACAGACCUCUCCUCCUCCUCCUCCUCCUCCUCCUCUGGUAGAGUAGCAGUGUAUGUGGACUGUCCUGCUGGCUCUCUGUCCUUCUUCACAGUCUCCUCUGACUCUCUGAUCCACCUCUACACCUUCAACACCACAUUCACUCAACCUCUAUAUGCUGGAUUUGGAUUUGGAUAUCCCUGCCUCUGGCCUGGUUCUUCAGUGAGUCUGUGUCCUCUGUAGGAAGGACGUCUCUGUAUCUGAGAGCAGGGAGGAGGAGGAGCCUAUCAGAAGGUGGGAGGGGCCUAUCAGAAGGUGGGAGGAGUUUAGCUCCACUAAAGAUGUGAUUUCUUCUGUGUUCCAUCUGGUGUUUGUUGUGGUUUCAUUGUUGUGGUGUUUCUUGAAAUGUUCCAUCAUAAAGUAAUAAAAGUCGAUCACUGACAAGUCAAA